AUGUUUUUACGGUUGAAUGGGAUUCCGGUACAUUUUCUUGGACUAGCAACUGUUUACUCUUCCGUUAUUCCGAAGGCAGCUGUCCAAGUUGAAGACCCGAAGUAUCGUGAUAAACUUAUAAAGCUGCAAGCUGCAAUCAGGUAUGGUGAAGGCGAUUUUGCCGCCUCUCGCAGCCUGGUCGAACAGUGCGUAAAUGAUCCCGAGGCGAUUGUAAACCUUGGUUGCCUAUUCUACCGAGAGGGAAACUACGAACAAGCGAACAAAUACUUUCAGCAAGCAAUUCAAAAUCUUGGAUUCCGACCCACUUUGGCUUACAAUAUUGCACUGUGUCACUACCAGCUGAAGCAGUACGCACCUGCUUUAAAACACAUUGCCGACAUAAUCGAAAGAGGGAUUCGGGAUCAUCCGGAGCUUGGGGUCGGUAUGACUACCGAGGGACUCGAGGUCCGUAGUGUAGGAAACACGCUUACGCUGAAGGAGACUGCCUUGGUGGAGGCGUUCAAUCUGAAAGCUGCCAUUGAGUAUAAUCUAAAAAAUUACACCGCUGCUUGUGAGGCACUGACUGACAUGCCACCUAGGACAGAAGAAGAGUUGGACCAUAUAACACUACAUAAUCAAGCACUGAUGAACAUGGAAAAUGAACCAGCGGCUGGCUUCCAAAAGUUGCAAUUUCUUUUGCAACAAGAAACGUUCCCACCCGAAACUUUUGCCAAUCUCCUGUUACUGUACAUCAAAUACGAGUAUUUCGAUUUGGCAGCUGACGUCUUGGCCGAAAACGCCUCUCUUGCGUACGAAUAUCUCUCACAGGAAUUGUACGAAUUCAUAGAAGCUGUUAUUCUUCGCCAAAGUGCUCCACAGGAUGCAUACAACCGGUUCGAUCAGAUGGCAGCGAAGCACACUGAGCAGCUCCGACGCCUGACUAAAGCCGUGCAAGAAGCCAGGCAGGCCCGGGAUGACGAAGCAGUGAAGCGUGUGGUGUGUGAGUAUGAUGCAGCGCUGGAGCGCUAUAUUCCUGUUCUAAUGCAGCAAGCGAAGAUCUGUUGGGACAUGGAGAACUACCAGCAGGUUGAAAAAAUAUUCCGAAAAUCAGUAGAAUUUUGCAACGACCAUCGGGUGUGGAAACUGAAUGUAGCCCAUGUGUUGUUCAUGCAAGAAAACAAAUACAAGGAAGCAAGCGGAUUUUAUGAGCCUAUUGUUAAAAAGCACUUUGACAACAUUCUCGGAGUGAGCGCUGUGAUUUUAGCCAACUUGUGUGUCACUUAUAUCAUGACCAGUCAAAAUGAAGAUGCUGAGGAAUUGAUGCGAAAGAUCGAGAAAGAGGAGGAGGCGGUCACAUAUGAGGAUCCGGAUCGCAAGGUGUUCCACUUAUGCAUCGUCAAUUUGGUAAUCGGCACGUUGUACUGCGCGAAAGGAAACUACGAGUUUGGAAUUAGUCGAGUUAUAAAAAGCCUGGAACCAUACCAGAAGAAACUGGGACCUGACACCUGGUAUUACGCCAAGCGGUGCUUCCUAUCGUUAAUCGAAAAUUUGGCAAAACACAUGAUACUUGUUCGGGAUAGCGUGUUGUUGGACUGCAUUCAAUUUUUGGAACACUGCGAACUGUACGGCCGAGAUGUAAAAGCCGUGAUAGAACAGCCUCUAGAACAAGUCAAGCUCCAUCCCGGUGAAAAUACGGUGACCUACGAAGCACGGCUUUUGAAAGCGCUGUUGUUGGAAAUCAUGCACGAAUAAUCUGUUCGCGAACAGUGUAUUUCACACGCCGUCCUGUUUUUCCAUUGUACACUUAUCGUUCUGUGAUAAAACCACCUUGAACCAAG